AUGGCUAUGUGGGCUAUAAAUGGUGAUAAGGCCCCUGGCCCUGAUGGGUUUGGGAGUCAUUUUUAUAAAGAUUGCUGGCAUAUAGGUUGUCCUGAUGUGAUAACAGCUGUGGUGGAUUUUUUCCAGAAUGGGAGGCUACUAAAUGAGGUGCUUUGUAAUAGACUGAGGAUGGUAUUACCUGACAUUAUCAUGGAGAAUCAGGGUGCUUUUGUACAUAGUAGGUACAUAAUGCACAAUAUUAUGAUAUGUCAAGAUUUAGUGAAGCAUUAUGGGAGGAAGAAUACUAGUGCAGGUUGCAUGAUGAAAAUUGAUAUGAGGAAAGCCUAUGAUACAAUAGAGCGGGAUUUCCUAAAAGAGAUGCUGGAGGCAUUGGGUUUCCCUGAGAAAUUUAUUGAGCAGAUCAUGAUUUGUGUGACAUCUCCCAAGUUUUCCUUAAUGAUAAAUGGGGCUUUGCAGGGGUAUUUCCCUUCAAAAAAGGGGAAUUAG